AUGAUAGAUCACCAUACACUUGUGGACGAAUUCUCACUCCUUGGUGUGGACCCUGCUCUAUCUGAUUGGAUAGUCUUUUCUGACUAAUAGAACCCAAGCUGUGUGUAUAGAUAAUACCUUGCCUGAGUGUAAACACACCCAUGGUGGCAUACCCCAAGGGACUAAGAUGAGCAUUACCCUGUUCUCAAUUUAUGAUAAAUAGACUCUUGAGGGAGUGAAAUAUAAGGGUGUAGAUGAUACUACGGUUUUAGAACUCCUACUACAUAACUCCAUUAGCAUUUUGAAUUUGGCUGUUAGAGACACACACAAUUUUUUUUAUUGAGCCUAAGAUGAAGUUAAAUCCACUGAAGAGUAAAGAAAUGCUUAUAAAUUUCAUGAAAUAUCCUAAUAAUAUUAUUCAGGCUAUUUGCAUUGGAAACCACCAGUUGGAGCAUGUUUCGACCUUUAAAUUACUUGGUGUUAAAAUCAGACACCAUCUUAAAUUGAAAGACCACAUUGAUUAUAUUUAUAGUAAAGCUGCCAAACGAUUUGCAUAACUUAAGGGUGUGUAAAAGAGCUGGUGUAGCUGGCAGCAAUAUUAUCAAUAUCUUAAGUGUUCCAUCAGAGCGAUACUUGAACUGUCCCAGCAUGGCAAGAUAUUCCAGAGUACUUAUCUGUCAAGUUAGAAUCUAUACAAAGACAAGCCCUUAAGAUUGUUUUCCCUGACUAUACUUAUGAUGAAGCUCUGACUGUCUCUGGCCUUGAGAGUCUUGAGAAAAGAUGA